GAUUACAACAUGCCUGAACCGGCAAAGUCUGCGCCCAAGAAGGGCUCCAAGAAAGCCGUGACCAAAACCGCCGGCAAAGGAGGAAAGAAGAAGAGAAAGACCAGGAAGGAGAGCUACGCCAUCUAUGUAUACAAGGUGCUGAAGCAGGUCCAUCCUGAUACCGGUAUCUCUUCCAAGGCCAUGAGCAUCAUGAACUCGUUUGUUAACGACAUCUUUGAGCGCAUCGCUGCGGAGGCGUCUCGUCUGGCUCAUUACAACAAACGCUCCACCAUCACCUCCAGGGAGAUCCAGACUGCCGUCCGCCUUCUACUGCCCGGUGAGCUGGCCAAGCACGCCGUGUCUGAGGGAACCAAGGCCGUCACCAAGUACACCAGCUCCAAGUAAACACCCUUGCAGAGAUCACUGACAAACCAAAGGCUCUUUUAAGAGCCACCCACCUCAUCUGAAGAGCAUAUUUACCAGUACAUGUAUGUAUUGAAAUAUAAGAAAACAUAAAAGGUUAACAAUAAAUGAAAAUAAUUUACAGGCCAUAAAUUAAAGUUGAGACAGUACAAACCACCAGAUGUAUUCAGCCUGAAUGUUCUAGGAUACAGAGUAUGAGAUCAGACAGGAGGUACACCACAAACCAUGAGGGGGAUUCUCAUCUUCCUGCAUUUCGAGUUCUUUAUUAUAUCUUUAUCAAGACUUUAAGAUGCUAAAUUUGCCUCUUAUGUGCUGACAGGUCAAACUGAAACUGCCUUAGAUGGUAUUUAUAGUGCUGCUGGAUCUUGGAAGAGCUGUUCCUUUCAAAUAGCA